AUGCCUGCUGAAAACCAACGACAGUUCCAGAAAAAGCCGUCAGGUCUCGCGCCUCCCCAAUUAGGACAAAAACCGACCAUUUCGCCAAUACCAGAGGAGGGAUAUGACAGCCCCGCAGUUCACAAGGGAUCCUUCGCAUCCAGCAAAGUGGUCCCGUCGAGUUGGGGCUCUGCUCGAGCGGAGUCAGAAAUCUUGAGAACCUAUCUAGAAGCCGAGUCAGACGGCGAACACAGCCACAGGUCCCCUUCCGAUGAACGCAAUGUUUUCCCUGUAAGGCAAGCAAGCUUGGGCAAGAGAGGUAAACCGGUACUGCGCACUAUCCCAAUACCUAACGCGGACUCGCAAAUGCCACCUGCACAAGGGCCUGUGCCGAGGAUGGCUGUUAUGAAAGAAGCUCCUGGCCACCCAAAUGGUAGGAGCCGCUCGUUCUCAGCAUCCACCAUCUCUUCCCAUUCAACCUCGCGACAGGCACCGUUUAUGUUGGACCUUAGCUAUGAGCAUCUACCAACUCGCAUAAACAAUGACAUGGACGCAUCGGGGAAUGAGAUGGGGGUAUUUCCCAAAACCGCUCCUACAAUGAGUGAUAAACGGCCGGGAGGUCAUAGGCCCCCUCGUUUGGAUAUAGAAGCUGUUCGCGACGCAGAGAAACGAGGCAGUGUCACCAGUCUGCCAGACUUGAUCCGUCGUGCAACGCAACUGGCUUCGAAUCUAGAACAUGGCAGAACGGCAAGUAAAAAUAACCUCCUUGACUUUGAUGGAGGCCCCAAAUUUCCACGUGUUUCUGGCGACUCUGGCUGCACUACAGUGGAGAUCGGCAAAGGUUCCUCAUCCAAGAAUGCCACCAUGGGCACCGAUCUUCCACGGUUGUUUGACAGCGCGCAAAGAAACUUUAGCAUCCCACUGGAUUCGGUCACCAUAAUGGCUCUAUUCAGCCAGAAUAACGUCUCUUGCACCACCGAAAACACCCUUGUGGCCUUUAAAGAUGUGAACGCAAACUCUAAAAACCGCCGCGCCCUUCCAAUUGCACCUGGACCCCAGCUGUUAAGUCCAGAGAAAAUGUCCGAUCCUGAAUCACCCACCCCGACAACAUCUGAUGCGGGCACGCGCACGCUCGCUGCUCGAGGCGCUGCCGGCACAUUAAACGGCAUUGUCUUUGACACAUCAGUACCGAUAGGAAAUCAGCAAGACGGAUUGCCGACGGCGACGAAAACUAGCGCAGCAACCCACACCGGGACAUCCUCAGCCACAUCAAGUUCGACUCCCAAUUCGACAGGCGGCAAUUCGACGAGCGUCCCAGCAAAAGCCAUCGACUUCUCUCGCAUUGCUGUCCUAUACAUUUUCGAGAAGACCGGUACCUUCAGAGCAGCCACGUUUUCUGAAGACAGGGUCCAGACUUAUCUGCAGAAGUCGUAUCCCUAUUCAAAUAAGAAGACUUUUAGCAUCGACCUGACCGAUGCCGGCGUUAAAAGUACCUUUGCUUUGGACUUUGAUUGGUAUAAGAUUACUUUGCCGAAUGGGGACGUUAUAGGAGGUAGUUAA